CGGAAGGCGCGGCCCGGCAGCUCUCUAUGGUUGCCCGCGGCGGGUAGCGCGCCGCCGCCGCCGCCUCGCCUCGCCCCCGCCCGCGCUGCACGCCGGGACACGGCCGGUCCUCCCUCCUUCUCUCCCUCCCUCCUUCCCGCGCGCCCCCCGCGCGCCCCGAGCCUGCGCCGCGCCGACAUCCGCGUUGUCCCAAGAUGGGAGGCGGGGCUCGCGCUGAGCGCGGCCCGGCGGACACAGAAGCAGGAGGAGGAGACGCGCCCGCCCGGCCCGGCCCGUCCGCCCGCCUCGCCUUCCCCCGCCCCGCCAGGCCGCGGCUCCGGCCGCACCGGCAGCAGCAGCGGCGGCGGCUCCUUCUCGCCCGCGGCCCGGCCCCGAGUGCGGUGCGGCCCCCGUAUGAGCCCGGGCGGCAGCGGCGGGAGCGCCCGGGAGCAGCAGCCGAGGCGCCCAGGUUGAGCCUGCUUCCCUGUUUUAUGCAAACUGCUCAAUGGAGGAAGGGGGUGGAAGUCAGUCUUUACCGAUACUCUUUCCAUUACCGUCCUGCAUGGUUCUUUACCCAUGCUUUACAGAGUGGUGAAGAAUUAGGAGAAGCUGCAGUUGUUCUUCUGAGUGGAGCUAAAUGGGUGGCUUCCUUCUGGACCCUCACUUCACUUUCUUAGGAGAGCUGCUCCAGCCCGCUGAUCAUUUUUGUGGCCCUCCUCUGGACUUCCUCCAACAGGCCCAUGCCUGUCAUGUGUUGUGGACUCCAGACCUGGAUGCAGCACUGCAGGUACAAGAACUGUAGAAGUCCAUUUUAGAAUUUGAAAGAACAAGAUUCUGCAGCUCUGGAAAGAUAUGCCAUGGAAGUAAUCAGCUGGGGUGGUCCCAGGGCGCUCUGGGCGCGAGUAUUGCUGAGUGAUCAUUGGCUGCCACCUGCGUGACAAAGUAAAGGACCAACACUUCCAUUUAUACCAGUGGAGCCAGAUCACGGGAAACAAUUGACAGAAUUGUUAAGCUUAUGCUUAGCUCAGCGUGAUACAGGACUGGUGCGACAACUCAGUUUUGAUCAGUGACUCAAAAUUGUGAUCACCCUGAUGUCACCGAAUGGCCACAGCUUGUAAAAGAUCACCAGGAGAACCACACUCUGAGAACAUUGAAACUAGCCGAAUGAAGCGAGCAGCUGCAAAGCAUCUAAUAGAGCGCUACUACCACCAGUUAACCGAGGGCUGUGGAAAUGAAGCCUGCACGAAUGAAUUUUGUGCUUCCUGUCCAACUUUUCUCCGUAUGGAUAACAAUGCAGCAGCCAUUAAGGCCCUCGAGCUUUAUAAGAUUAAUGCAAAACUCUGUGAUCCUCAUCCCUCCAAGAAAGGAACGAGCUCAGCUUACCUAGAAAACAAUUCCAAAGGUGCCCAUAACAAUUCCUGCACUGACAGAAAAAUGAACAAGAAGGAAAUGCAAGGCCCGAGAGAUGACUUUAAAGAUGUGACCUUCCUAACAGAAGACAAGAUAUAUGAAAUUCUUGAACUAUGUCGAGAAAAAGAGGAUUAUUCCCCUUUAAUCCGGGUGAUUGGGAGAGUGUUUUCUAGUGCUGAAGCACUGGUACAGAGUUUCCGAAAAACCAAGCAGCACACCAAGGAGGAGCUCAAGUCUCUUCAAGGAAAGGAUGAAGACAAAGAUGAAGAUGAAAAGGAAAAAGCUGCCUGUUCGGCUGCUGCUAUGGAAGAGGAUUCUGGUGCAUCAUCGUCUUCAUCAUCAAGAAUAGGUGAUAGCACACAGGGAGAUAAUAACCUCCAAAAACUAGGCCCAGAUGAAGUGUCUGUAGAUAUUGAAGCAGUCAGACGGGUCUAUGAUAGGUUACUUUCUAAUGAAAAAAUAGAAACUGCCUUUUUAAAUGCACUUGUGUACUUGUCACCUAAUGUGGAAUGUGACUUGACUUACCAUAACGUGUAUUCUCGGGAUCCUAACUAUCUGAAUUUGUUUAUUAUCGUUAUGGAGAAUGGCAAUCUUCAUAGCCCAGAAUAUCUGGAAAUGGCUCUACCAUUGUUUUGCAAAGCAAUGAGCAAACUGCCCCUUGCAGCUCAAGCAAAACUGGUCAGAUUGUGGUCUAAGUACAGAGCAGAUCAAAUUCGGAGAAUGAUGGAAACAUUUCAGCAACUUAUUACUUACAAAGUCAUAAGCAACGAGUUCAAUAGUCGUAACCUAGUGAAUGAUGAUGAUGCUGUUGUUGCUGCUUCGAAGUGCUUGAAAAUGGUUUACUAUGCAAAUGUAGUAGGAGGGGAUGUGGAUACAGAUCAUAACGAAGAGGAAGAUGAAGAACCCAUCCCAGAAUCAAGUGAACUAACUCUUCAAGAGCUGUUGGGUGAGGAAAGAAGAAAUAAAAAAGGUCCUCGAGUAGACCCACUGGAAACUGAACUUGGUGUUAAAACUAUAGAUUGCAGAAAACCACUUAUCCCUUUUGAAGAAUUUAUUAAUGAACCACUGAAUGAUGUUCUAGAAAUGGACAAAGACUACACUUUCUUCAAAGUAGAAACAGAGAAUAAAUUCUCAUUUAUGACCUGUCCCUUCAUAUUGAAUGCUGUUACCAAGAACCUGGGAUUGUAUUAUGACAAUAGGAUCCGGAUGUACAGUGAAAGACGCAUAACUGUGCUCUACAGCUUGGUUCAGGGGCAGCAGCUCAACCCCUACCUGCGGCUGAAAGUGCGGCGUGAUCACAUCAUCGACGACGCGCUCGUCCGGCUAGAGAUGAUUGCCAUGGAAAAUCCUGCAGACUUGAAGAAGCAAUUGUAUGUUGAAUUUGAAGGAGAGCAAGGGGUAGAUGAAGGAGGUGUUUCCAAAGAAUUUUUUCAACUGGUUGUGGAAGAAAUCUUCAAUCCAGAUAUCGGGAUGUUCACAUAUGAUGAGUCUACAAAACUGUUUUGGUUUAAUCCGUCCUCUUUUGAAACGGAGGGUCAGUUUACCCUGAUUGGCAUAGUACUGGGACUGGCUAUUUACAACAACUGUAUACUGGAUGUACAUUUCCCCAUGGUUGUCUACAGGAAGCUAAUGGGCAAAAAAGGAACUUUCCGUGAUCUGGCAGACUCUCAUCCUGUUCUGUAUCAGAGUUUGAGAGACUUACUGGAGUAUGAAGGAAGUGUGGAAGAUGAUAUGAUGAUAACGUUUCAAAUAUCUCACACGGAUCUCUUUGGCAAUCCAAUGAUGCAUGAUUUAAAGGAAAACGGUGAUAAAAUUCCUAUUACAAAUGAAAACAGAAAGGAAUUUGUCAAUCUCUAUGCUGACUAUAUACUCAAUAAAUCAGUAGAAAAGCAGUUCAAGGCCUUUCGGAGAGGAUUCCACAUGGUGACCAAUGAAUCUCCUUUGAAAUAUUUAUUUAGACCAGAGGAAAUUGAAUUACUUAUUUGUGGAAGUAGGAAUUUAGAUUUUCAAGCACUAGAAGAAACUACAGAAUAUGAUGGUGGCUAUACAAGAGACUCUCUUAUUAUUAGGGAAUUCUGGGAAAUAGUCCAUUCAUUUACAGAUGAACAGAAAAGACUAUUCUUACAGUUUACAACAGGCACAGACAGAGCCCCUGUGGGAGGACUUGGAAAGUUAAAGAUGAUCAUAGCCAAAAAUGGCCCAGAUACAGAGAGGUUACCUACAUCUCACACAUGCUUUAAUGUACUUUUGCUUCCGGAGUACUCAAGCAAAGAAAAGCUUAAAGAAAGAUUAUUGAAGGCCAUCACAUAUGCCAAAGGAUUUGGCAUGCUGUAAUAAGUAUAACAAAAGGGAUUUAAAAAUGAUGGUGAUGAUGUCCCUGUCCAAAAAGGCCAUAAGAUAGUGAGCUACAGUAGUCACCUGUGUUUGUGCCUCCCUUCUUUACUGGGGACAUUGGGCUGGAACAGCAGAUUUCAGCUGCUUAUAUGAACAAAAUCUUUAUUUUUUCUUUUAGCGUGAAAGUGUUACAUAUUCUUUCACUUGUAUGUACAGAGAGGUUUUCCUGAAUAUUUAUUUUAAGGGUUAAAUCACUUUUGCUUGUGUUUAUUACUGCUUGAAGUUGAGCCUUUUUGAGUAUUUACAAGAAAACAAACUGUACUCUCCCAAGGAAAAUAUUGCCAUCAUUUGUAGACCAUGUAACCUUCAAGUAUGUGCUAUAUUUUUGUCCCUGUAUCUAAUCAAAUCAAGAACUGUACUUUUUGAAGAGUUUGCUUUUGAAACUUGAAGUCUUGAAAAACAGUGUGAUGCAAUUACUGCUGUUCUAGCCCCCAAAGAGUUUCUGUGCAAAAUCUUGAGAAUCAAUAAAGAUGGAAGGGAGAACUUGGAAUGU